AUGAUUUUGUUCAAUAUCUUGCUGGUUCUGGGUCUGCUAGGGGCUAUAGAAACCAUCAAUGCCGUUGCUGGGACCACCGAAAUCGAAUUGUACAGCAAUCCCAACUGCGAUACUUCAUCCAAAUAUCGGUCGCUACAGGUAAUGGCAACUACGGAUGCUGGGUGCUUCCAGAUUGCACAACAUGUUAUGUCGUUUCAGCCGUUGUUUAAGGACACACCGUGGGGUUCAUAUGGUAUCCAAUACUGCACCGACGGAUGCGGGAAGGUUAAUUCAGGGCCUGGUGAGCGCAGUACGCCGGUAGAUGCGCCGGUAAACGAUACAGCUGUUGCUAGUGGCCGAUUGGAGAAACGUGGGAUGAGUUACCUUAUCGGGCUGUCUCCAGAAAACUUUAACGGGUGGAAAUACACGGUCAAAAAUUAUAAAUACGUUGUGUUAGGGUGUACCUUUUUGGAAACUACCGGAGCAGGGUUAACUAGAGCAAUGUUCUCAACGGUACGCGACAAGCUGGCAGGUGGUGCUUAUUCGGAUGGCUUUGGAAUAUGGGGUCUCGAGCUACCAGAACUGUUGGUACGGUGGACCAACCCGGUGGAUGGAGUAUUCAACUUUGAGCCGGACUUGGCAUAUGGAAUAGUACAGGACCUUGCACGUGGUGUGGCGAAUUGGGGUACAAGCGUUGAGACGUUGAAGUCGGGUUCAGGAGUAUCAGAAAGCCAGGAGUGGAACCCACCCCAUUGGAAACUGUGGCAACAUGGGUUCGUGAUACUGCUGUUGAAUAUAAGCUUUGAGAAGUAUUAUAGAGAGCUUACUACCGUGGCGCACUCCGCGCAUCUGAGGGGCAAACCCACCGAUCCAACCCACCGACGCGGGCCUUCGCCGGAAGUAAACGUCACCAAUAUGCGGCCUUGA